ACCAAGAGUGAAUUAUUUGUUGCUCACUAUCUGUUAAACAUAAGUAAUAAUUUUAAACAAAUUGUUCAAUAAAUAGAUAUUUGUAUUGAAUGUGAAAACGUGUAACUGCUGCCACCGAAAUGUCUAUAGAAUAUGCCAAUCUCUGUUCAGUGGUGGUGAAGCAAGUAUUUGGCGAGACAGUGCAAAUCGUUGCAGAUUGUUUAUUCUGUGCAGUCUCACGCACAUUGCCGGCUAUCUUAAAAACAACAAAACUAUCACGUAAAGAGGUAUCCCUCGCAUUGGCGGUGCUUAUUAAAUAUCAACUGGUUGUGUUUAUACCUUGCGAGUCAAACCCCUUCUUGGCGGAGUACUCGUUGAAGCGUGAAGAGAUUUUUAACAUACUACGUUAUCCAGGUUAUGUGCAAUUGAUUCAUACCAAAUAUGGUGCAGUUGGUGCUGCCAUUGCAGAGGAGCUACUGCAUGGUGGUCCUCAAACCGCCACUAAUGUGCUGCUCAAAUGUAUAGCUAGUUCAGAAGUCAAGGAAAAAGUCGACACGUAUCGUGACAAUUUCUUGACUAUGGUAAGCGAUAAUUAUUUAAUACGUUUACCACAGCUGAUAACUGGCGAAGAGGAAACUAUACCGAAAUUUCAAAUUGAUGCUUAUCAAUACUUUGUGCCACCAGAUAUAAAUCUACAUUUCAUCGCACAAGUGCAAGCUGGCGAAACAAAUGUGGAAAAAGCUGCUGAUGCAGGUAUUUUUUGGCAUUUAAAUUUCAGUCGUUUCCAUCAAGAUUUUCGGGAUGCGGUAAUGAUCGGUGCGAUAGAGAAAAAACUUGGUGCCAGCACUGGAGAAUGCUUUAAAUUUAUACUUAAACAAAUGUAUGAGCGUACAGAUCCCUGGCAAAAGGAAUGCUCGAAUCCAUUCACACUAGCUGAAAUCAAGCAAUUGAUUGAAAAGAAAUCCAACAACCUGGAUUUGAUUAAACAUUUAGAUCAGUACGUCACGCUUAUAGCUGAUGAUCCCUUAAGCUUCAUACGCAAGGUCGGCGAUAUGGGCGGUGGACAAUAUGUCGUAGAUUUAAAUCGGGCUUUCGAGGAAUUAACGCUGGCUUGGUUUGGGCAUGUAAUUACCGAACGUUAUGGCUCGAAGGCGUCCCGUAUAUUUCGCAUUAUUUACAUGAAGAAAUUCAUCGAACAAGAAGAUUUGCAAAAGGAAGCGAUGAUACCAGCGCGUGAGGCGAAAUUACUGUCGUACUACCUAUUUCAAGAUCAAUUUAUACAAAUAAAAACUAUUAGAAAAGCGGGCGGUGGUGGUACGGGGCCUGCUAAAGCAUUCUUCUUGUUCCACUUCAAGCCCAGACAGAGCGUACGCAUGGUUUUGAAUGUUUGCUAUAAAGCUUUAUAUAACACAAUUGAGCGCUCCAAUUUCGAAAAGUCCGAGCAUAAACGCUUAAUUGAGAAAUCACAAAAGUUGGACAGCAUUGUUGCAACGAUGAAGGAGCGUGGUGAAUCAGCCGAAUAUAUUGAUGAGAUACUCGAAACUUUGACGCCGCCCGAGAGAGAGAUACUGGAAAAGGUGAAAUCUCGUCUCAAGACUCUCUCGAAAGCUGAAAUAACUUUAGAUAGCAGCAUAUUUCUAUUACAAAUGUAUCUGUUUCACACGAAAGUGCCAACAACACUUUCAAAUAAAGACAAGAAAUUAAUGUAAAAAUACAUGAUUUUUAUUU